AUGGGUUCCUUCUCCCCUUCGUCUCUCUUCGCCUCCCUCCUCCUCCUCUUCUCAAACUCCCGCUCCUCGCUCUCCGAGACCUCCUACAUCCCGAAAUCACGUGCUCAGACGUCGGCUUUGCCGAGGGGCGACGUCGAUCUCCUAGAGUUCCCGUUGAAUCUAGAGUACCUGGAGGCUGAGUUCUUCCUGUGGGGGGCUCUUGGCUAUGGUCUCGAUAAGGAGGCGCCGGCCCUCACCAUGGGCGGGCCUCCACCCGUUGGGGCCAAGAAGGCCAACCUUUGCCCGUUUGUUCGGGACAUUAUUACGCAGUUCGCCUACCAAGAGGUCGGGCAUAUCAGAGCAAUCCAGAAAACAGUGAAAGGGUUUCCGAGGCCAUUUUUGGAUCUGACUGCGAGCAAUUUUGACAAGAUCAUUGAGAAUGCGAUGGGCAGAAAGUUGGAGCCUCCCUUUGACCCGUACGCAAACAGCCUCAACUAUCUGAUAGCCUCUUAUAUCAUCCCUUAUGUUGGGCUCACCGGAUACGUGGGAGCAAACCCUAACCUGAUCAGUCCUCAAAGCAAGAGGCUCGUGGCUGGCCUCCUCGGCGUAGAGUCCGCCCAAGACGCGGUCAUCCGGAACCUGCUCUACAUAAAAGCAACGCCCGUCGUACCCUACAACAUCACGGUGGCCGAGCUCACCGCCCGCGUCUCCGGCCUCCGCAACAAGCUCGCUGCGGCUCGUGUGAAGGACGAGGGCAUCGAGGAGGGUGCGGAGGGGAAGAUCGCCGGGAAUGUCAUCGCCGGCGACGAGAACUCUUUGGCGUUUGACAGGACUCCGGAGGAGAUAUUGAAGGUUGUGUACGGGGGUGGGAGCGCGAGCGCGCCCGGGGGGUUCUUUCCUAAGGGAGCUGGUGGGAGGAUUGCUAGGUCCUUUCUUGAUAAAGUUUAUUAAUUAGGUAGAUUUUUUUUCUUCUUCUUCCUUUAGUUUUGGUUUUUUUUUUUUUAAUUAUAGUUUAUUUAUGUGUGUGUGAUGAC